UAUAGAGCAAGGAGACCUACAAAUGACACAAGGGACACCAAAUAUUUAAUUGUGCUACCAUGACUGAAGAAGGGAAAGACCAGUUUGGUAGUCUGACACUAUUUAACAAAGAUGAUUUUGACAAUGAAUGGACCCCGGUGGCUUUAGGUGGAUUUGGUCAAGUAUAUAAAGUGAGGCACAAGAAAUGGUGGACGGUAUAUGCUGUGAAAUGCUCUACGCCUAUUCUGGGAGACCCUGGACUUGCAAGCACAACAUAUCACAGUCUUAUUGAGGAAGCAUCAAAGAUGGAAAAGAUAAAGUUCAGAUAUGUUGUCCAGAUUUAUGGCAUUUGCAGCAAUCCUGUUGGGAUUGUGAUGGAGUUUAUGGAAAAUGGGUCUCUUGAAAAACUACUACUAUCUCAUAGCCUAAGUUGGCAUUUGAAAUUUCGCUUUAUCCAUGAGAUAGCUUUGGGAAUGAACUUUCUCCAUAUGAUGAAUCCUCCACUUCUCCAUCUGGACCUAAAACCUGGAAAUAUUCUUCUUGAUGAACAUUUACAUGUAAAGAUUUCUGACUUUGGACUCUCCAAGUGGAAAGAACAUUCUACCCAUAAAGAAUACAUAGAAAAAUCAGCCAUAAAAGGGACCCUAAGCUACAUUCCUCCCGAAAUGUUAUUGCAGAGUAUAAAUGCUACAGGAGUCAAAUAUGAUGUUUACAGUUAUGCCAUUGUUAUUUGGGAAUUACUCACUCAAAAGAAGCCCUAUGCAGGUGCCAACAUGAUGGCAGUUAUCAUAAAGGUGGCUUCGGGUCAACGUCCCCCAAUUGAAGACAUUUCGGAGGACCGUCCGGUGGAAUGUCAUCAGAUGAUUGACUUGAUGCAGAGAUGCUGGAAUCAGCAUCCCAAUAAAAGGCCAAGCUUUGCAGAUAUCGUUGUUGAAUCACAUAUGUUGCUGUGCUUGAUACAAAUUCCUUUACCAGAACCUGAAGAAAGUUCAGGUAAUGCAGAAGAAGACCACUUAAAGUCUUCUUCUGUCAUACACCUUGAAGGAGCUAUUAAUGGAAGCCAGCAAUCAUCUACCGAGACCGAAAGCAGUGAAGAAGACAGUUUAAUGACCUUUGUUCUAGAAAACAAUGAAGAUAUAUCCUGGGUAGAUGAAAAAAAUUUCACCCUGCUCCACGUUGCUGUUACCCAAGGAAAUCUUGAGAAAGUGAAUCGUUUUAUUAGUCUUGAUGCCAAUGUGAAUAGUAGAACAGUUACCGGAUAUACACCUCUCAUCUUGGCAGUGCAAAAGAGACUUCCAGAUAUAUGCAGUUCUUUGAUUGAGAAUGGGGCAGAUGUAAAUAUCACUGAUGAAGACAGUUGGUCUCCUCUUCAUUUUGCAGCUCAGCUUGGGGAUGACAGGAUUGCAAGACUUCUACUGGAUCACUCUGCUGCUGUUGAUGCACAGGAACGUGAUGGAUGGACACCUCUUCAUUUAGCAUGCCAAAAUGGUUUUGAGAAUGUUGCCCGUGUCCUUUUUACACGGCAUUGUGACCCGAAUAUUCAGGAGAUAGAUGGGAAAACUGCACUCCAUCUAGCUUCAUAUUUUGGCCAUUGUAAACUUGUAAAACUUCUGUCUAACCAAGGAGCUGAUCUAGACAGAAAGCAGAAUAACCACCGGACUGCUCUACAUAUUGCCACUGAAAGGGGUUAUUUUACAGUGCUGAAGCAUUUGAUACAAAAAGGAGCCAAUGUGAACUGUUGUGAUAAGAGUAAUUACAGCCCUUUGCACAUAGCAGCAUUGAAGGGUAACAGUUUAACCUGUAGACAUCUAAUGAGGCAUGGUGCUCAGAUUGAUAUGAAGAAUAACCAAGAGUGGACACCCUUACACCUUGCAACAUUUAAAGGACACAUUGGAGUUAUUAAGUUACUCAAGGAAAAUGACGCUGACAUGAAUGUGAAAGGAGGUAUGGGAUGGACACCUCUACAUUUAGCCGUACGCUUUAGUGAGGACCCUGUGGUUUCUACACUUCUCGAUUUGGAAGCUAACCCCAGUAUUGCUGAAAUGUCAGGCUGGACUCCAUUGCACCUUGCUGUCCAACGAGGUGCCUUUUGCAGUGUUAUUAACCUUAUUGAAAACAAAGCAGACGUUAAUGUAAAGAAUACAUUUGGUUGGACUCCAUUACAUUUGGCAGUGUUAAAUACAAAUGCUGCCAUUAUUAAGACUUUGCUGCUGGCCAAUGCAAAGUUAAAUAUUCAGGAUGUUAAUGGUUGUACACCUUUACAACUAGCAGUUAGGAAUAGAAAACACGUCAUUGUUGCUCUCUUGGAAGGCAAGGAAGCCGUAUCUAGUAGUUCUGAAGAAGGAAGUGAAUAUUCGGGAUCUUUGCUGAAUUUGCAAGAGCAACUACAAUAACUAUAUUCUUGUCUGAAAAAGCAAACUUGCAGAAUAUUGCAUAAAUCUUUGAUAAAAACAGCUAAUUCCAAAGAUUCUAUGCAGAUUGAUCUUUCAACAAAGAAUUACGCAGAGCUGGUCUUACCCAUUCAGUAUAAUGCUGAAUACUGAAAGCCAUAUAUCAUGAAAAGCAUCCUUCCAUGAAGACUUUCCAAUGAAACAUACAGUGUCAUAAAUAAAUAAAUAAAGCAAAAUGCUACAAAGGAUGCUAAAUCAAUUUACGACUCUGGUGCGUGAAUUAAGCACAAGUUGUUUAUGGUUUCAUUAUUACAUGAUCUGAAAUGUAAUGCUUUUCACUCAUUUUGAUUUAUUGGGAUUCAUAAAUUACACGAUCCAACUUUUCUUCUAUCUACUGUGCAAUUUUAAUAAGUGCCCAUUCGACUGUAUGUUGAUCACAAUCCGAACCAGUUUUACAGAAUACCAAAUAAUCACAUAGCUUUA